AUGAUUAAAUUAAAAAAUUAUCGACAAUUAUCCGAACAUUAUCAAUCGUUUCUCUAUCAACGUUUUAUUGAUACAUCUCAAAGUGAAAAAUUCGGCUAUCCUAAAGUGAUUGAUUCAAUUGAAAUUAGUAGUAAAACAGAGUCGAAUAUCAUACAAUUAUUAACAUUGAUUUUUAACAUUGCUGAACAGUUAUUAGCACCAGGUGGACAAGAUCAAACUGUAUUUCAACCGAGAUUUCCAGCGAAAUAUAUUUAUUUAGAAGAAGCUUUAGAGGAAUAUCGUCAAAAUCGAAAACAUCGAUUUUAA